AUGGCGACGCCACCCCGUUUCCCCCUUGCCAAGCGCUCCCUCGACAGCCUUGGGCUGCGAAGACGCCAUGAUCCUCCUCCGCCGCAGUUCUUCCGCCCUGAACUUCGAGCUAGAGCGUCAAGCAGCUCAGCACUGGCUCAGCGAGCUGGGUCUAUGAGGUUUGCAACGGCAAUACCGGAAUCUUACAUCAAGAUGACCAGAACACCACCGAAGAAACGCAACAAUAAGAAGAAGAAUAAGAAGAAGGGCGGGCGUUCGAAGAAAGCAGUCAUCGAGGAUCUGCCAUUGUCUAAACGUUGGGUUUUGGCUGCGACAAAUGCGUUUCGUCCGUCUCGCGAGAAUGAUGCAAACCAACUUCAGGUUAAAAAGCUUCGUCGUGUCGCCAAAAAUGCCAAUUUGUCACCCAUUUUUAUCCGCCCAGUUCAAACACGGCCGUUUCCUACGCCUCCAGAGAGGAAAUCGAGUCUUCACUCUGGGGCGAAGACACGUUCUGCCCAGACUGGUAACAGGAGGCCUAUUGAAAAACCUCUUCCAAGCACACCUGAACCAGAAGAGUCUGAUAUUCCAGAUAACGAAGAGGAGCUUCCGAGUAGUUCUAAGAGUUCCAAUGAGGCAGAGGACACACAUCUUCUCCAAUAUCAGAUAGGAAGACCUGAGGUGUCAGAGAGGUGGCCAGUUUUAUCUCCAUGGAAACCGCCCCAGUCGUGGGAGUCUAACUAUCGACGUGUUGAAGCGCAAAAAAAUCUCCAGAAGCUUUCUUCACAGAACAAUGAUCACCCAGCAUCUCCUUUUCCAACGGAAAACCCACCUCCUCUACCUCCAUCAAAACCAUUGACUCCCCCCAGGAGUACUCUAAGACACAGUCGUCUGCGAAUCACGUCAAAUUGGCCCACCGAAAAUUCUCAACUGGAUACUAUUUAUCAAGCAGCUGAGCCAAAUGAUCCAAUGGAGAAAGCACCUCACGACAAUCCCUCGGAUGUGUUACCCAAUAUGAUCUCACCGGGGAACCCUGGGGUAGGAACACAGCCACUGGAGGUGAACAGUGAAUCGAAGAUUAUAAACCCACCCAUGGGCAACAAUGAGAAUAUCUCAUUAAAACCUAAUCCAUUUCGCAAUCGCUACCGAACUGUUUCGUCUCCCCAACAUUCUUCCCAUUCUCGUCCGCAGAGUGGCUUACGGGAGUUUUCCUUCGAAUUCAGCACCGAUUGCCCGAGCCCGGAAACCACCAAUAAUCAAAAUCAAAUUGUUGCCGAUGUGAUGGGCGACAAGGAAGUUUCGAAUAGUUACACCACUCCUCGAAGCGAAAAUGCAGCCUCGAAAAUUCCCCGUAUCUCUCCACAGGUAUUGACUCCUCCUACCACUGGAGAAGUUGACGGGUUAAAGAAAAUCAGAUCACCUAGCCGCCGCAGCUCCAUCCCUAUUCCUAGUCGUAUGGUACAUGCAAGGGACAAGUUUGAUGCCAAUGCGCUACCCGUUAGUCCUGCCGUGAAAACUGGUCGCAGCUCUACUUCAGGUUACACCGGUACAAUUUAUGAAGACGAAGCUCUUGGGGAUCAAAAAGGAGUUGGGCAUCAGCAAACUAGCCAAAUUGUUAUUGCCAACAAGGUAGACCCUACGGAAUCGCGUGGGAAUGAUUUUACCCUGUCAACGGCGCUCCCUAACGGGUACAUAGCAAAGGAGUUGGCAGCAGCAGGCCGUUCUGGACCUCAGCUUCGUAUCUCCCCGGAGGCAGACAAAGUUAUCAUGGGGAAUAUGACCAAUGAGAUGGGAGAGUCAUCCCAAAAUCAUGCCGGAAAGCGUGCCAAGCGUCUCUCAGGCUCGAAGAGACUGUCAGGAGAUAGCAUUUUUGGCAGUUUCACACCAAAGUAUCUCAUGCACUCGCAGUCUAACAGCUCUUUGAACCCUUCCAUUGCUUCACCUACAGAAGGCAAGGUUGCAGCCGCAAGAGAUAGGAAACUCAAAAAGGCUAGAAGCACAGAUGCUACCUACGCAAAGAAGCAACACGGGAAGAAGUUUGGCACUAAUCCUUUCUACGAUGAUGGGAUUGUACCGUCUCCUGGUGUGCUCAACGAGCGAUAUCCAUUCUUGAAUAAUAGUGGCCUGGAACCUCCUCGUUAUUCGGAAGCAGAUGCGGCUAGUCAUGGAUACAAGGCUUUACCAUCGUCGCCUCUUGCUGAAAGCACAACCCUCAUCGACGACACUGAUAUCGAGCAUUCGCAACUCGGAUGCCAAGGGAAACACGUGGUUCCUAGCCCCUUGAACUCGCAUACAUCUACAGAUCAACUCCGUAAUAAGAAUGAAAAUGAAUUGUCUCAAGAACGUGACGCUUCCUCAACUGUCCGUCAUCGCAGCUCUUCGCAGCGCUUACUUCAUCGUUCAUCUCGUCAUCGCAUAUCUGAACAUGGAAGCCACGGCAAGUCGAAAUUGAACAAUGUCGCCGCACCGAGCGAAUCGGCCGAGUUAACCCAGAAGGAUGCAUAUGAGGCUCUCCUCCGUAACUCUUCUGGGUCUAAGGAGCCUUCUGCAAAGGCAGGUGGUGUGCUAUCCAACUUCCGUGGCCUUUUCACGAAACAAAAGAAUGACUCGGCAACUUCAAAUGCAAAUGCAAAUGCAAACGCAAAUGCAUCCAGUUCUACCAAUGCCAAACGCAAGGACCUUGAGCGUGUCAAAGCUGCUAAUAGUGGAAAAUUGAGCACCGGAAGUCCUACGGAACGUUCUUUGAGCCGUCAUGCCCGGGGAUCUCGUGCCGAUAAACGCGUGGAAGACAAUCCGAACACACCUUCUCGAGACGCCACUGUGGAUCAUUCCCGCCCAACAUCUGAUGCUCUUACCAUCACCUCGCAGAUGGCAGAUUCACCAGCGCUCUCAGGGAUCAGAAAUGUCAGUGCUCUGUGCAUUCAUGUCUUGGAUGCAGCUCGUGACGAGCCUAAUGGAGCCAAGAAGGAGAAACUUAUUAAGCUGGGAAAAAUCCUCGUUGAGGUUGUGAACCACGCCAAUGAUGCCGAGAGUGCCAUGUUGGCGGCUUUGCAGGCUGCAAAGCAGGCCGAAAUCGCCUGUGCCCUUGCCAAGGAAAACGCCCUGAGAUUGGCCCGGGUUGCUCAAGACUGGAUUAAUCUUAGUAAUUGCGACAGCUAG